UGGUUGGUUCCCUCCCUGCCUCUGAGCGUCUGUGUCGUCAUCAGUCCACGCUGCUAACAGGAAGUGGAAAACAAACCAACUGCAGGUGUUGAAAACGAGGAAGUGAAAAGAUAGAAAAUAUAGCUCUUUCCGCCGUCAACAAAGAAAAAACCCUGAAGACAUUAGACUGUGUCUCCAGAUUUUAAAAGCGACCACAAAUGAGCUUAGGAAGCUAGCUUUCAAGCUAAUUCUGCUAACAAUAGUUAGCAAAGCCGCCUGAAAGUUGGAGCAGGAGGACAGGAAUACUCUGACAACCGCUAUGGACCACAAAGGGGAACUUCUGGAAGGAGCCAUGGGGCCGAAUCAGGAGGAGCUGCCACAGAUGGACGGAUCAUGCGACGCAUGUGAGCCCGAUGAGGCCCAGCCAGCAACCCUUGUGUGCCACAUCUGCAGCUUCGCCUUCUGCCCCGUCCACGCUGACGAGCAUUGCAGCAGCACAUGUCACACAUUGGUGCCUUAUGACUUCAAAGAGACACAGCCCAACGGUCCAGUUACAGAGAAAGACUCCACAGAUAGGGGCAAAACUGAGGAGAAGGCCAGAGGAGGCGGUGCAAAUCAGGGGGCUGCACUAGAUAACGGGGGCGACGGCGGAGAGGCAGAAGCAGCACAAAGUCCGUCACACCAGCAUGACGAGCCUGCUGAAGAGGCUGAGGGGGCCGGGGCAGGACCCGAUGCUGAAAAGAAGGACAGGGACAUUGUGACAGUUGAGAGGCUGCGCUGCAAGGAGCACGGCCAGGAAGGCUCGCUCUACUGUAAAGCCGACGAGAAGAUCAUCUGUGUGGUGUGUGCUGUGCAGGGGGAGCACAAGGGCCACGAGAUCAUCACCCUGCAUGAAGCCUAUGCAUUGCAGAAGAGCAAGCAGGGCUCUGACCUGUUAGGAUACACACAGCAGAUGGCAGAAAGGAUCAAAAUCAAGUGGACCAGCCCAGACAUCUCCAAAGAGGAACUUGAAGAGUACGUUAACAGUCAGUUUGAUGAACUUCGGAAGUUGGUACAUCUAGAGGAGAGGAGGACCCUUCACCUGGUGGACCUCAAAGAAGCCUUUCUCACAGCAUCUGCCGCUGAAAAAAUCGCUGAGAUCACUUCCGAAACCGAGAAACUGCAAGAAGAAAUGGACAACAUCACACAGCAGCUGUGCCUGCUGGAACAGGCCGAAGCUGUGGAGCAGCCCAUGGGACCCGCAGAGGUCCUGGCAGCAGUGGCUGGACCAGCCAGAAUGCUGCACAACAUUGAGGCCAGACCAAGGUUACCUGAGCCUAGGGCAAAUCCUCUGGACCAACAGGACUUCAAAGACAACGAUUCUGGACCGUCCAUGGACCACGCCCCCUGAUGGGAGCGGAUCAGCCUGGAUGUCCUUCCACCUGUCCGUCACAAUCUGCUUCAGCCAGCCUUCAGCAGAGCUGUGGAGCUGACCGCCUCCCUGUCACUCAUUCCCCCUUCCCGCCACUGCACUGCCUCCCACUUCUAGGACUGACCUUGAUCAAGGUUUCUGUGACAGAUAUGGAUGACUGUGUCUUUUCUACUCAAACUUUUUAAUUCGACACCAGCUACUAUUUCUCUUUAUCCGAAACACAUAAGUUAUGUUCAGUCAAUUACCAUCACGCACAAUUUCAACAGUCAGCCAGACCCUUGGCGUGCUGGUGAGCCCAGCUGUCAGAGAGGAGUCUGGGUAGGCAGCAGAGCACGAGCGUCUGUUGAGCCUAACAGAUGUCAGGAAUGGUAGAGUGUGACGGUGCCUUUUAUUUAUUCCAAAUUUCCCUUUGAUUCUGCCGCGUAUGCUCUCUGGACACUUUCCGACACAAAAAGGGAGCUGUUCUCUGAUGCCGCGAUGCCUUACUGAAGGGGAAUUUACCGCAGAGAUUUUCUUUGGUGUUUGCUUUUUGUUUGGAUUCUGAUUGUUCAAAAGUGUCCUUGCGCUCGUCUCGUUCGUCUGUGCCCUGUCACACCCUUAAGCAGUCUGUGCUGCCAGCUGAUGUUUAAUGCUUGUAACAUUUUUUACACUUCCCAUUGGGGUUUGUUAGAUCAGUCACCAGCAUCACGGGACGUUUCGGUUUGUAUUGAUUGGGAAAUGUUGCUGAGUCUGGAUAAAAAUCGAACCGUAGCAAGACUGUA